GCGGGCGGCGGGCGCUGGUCCCCGCCGAGGCGGCGGACGCGUGUGCGGCGGGCGCGGGGGGCGGGCGCUCGGCCGCGCGUCCUUGGCUGCCGGCGGGCGAUGCGAUUCCUCCGCUGAUCGCGCCGCGGGCUCAACCGGCAGGAUGACGGUGGAGUUCGAGGAGUGCAUCAAGGACUCGCCCCGGUUCCGGGCAACCAUCGAUGAAGUGGAAACAGAUGUGGUGGAGAUAGAAGCGAAGCUUGAUAAGCUGGUGAAGCUCUGCAGUGGGAUGAUUGAAGCAGGCAAAGCCUACAUCACCACCAACAAGCACUUCGUCAGCGGGGUCCGGGACCUGUCGCAGCAGUGCAAGAAGGAUGAGAUGAUUUCGGAGUGCCUCGACAAGUUUGGAGACAGCCUGCAGGAGAUGAUUAACUACCACAUGAUCCUGUUUGACCAGGCUCAGCGGUCGGUCCGGCAGCAGCUGCACAAUUUCGUGAAGGAUGACGUGAGGAAGUUCAAGGAAACCAAGAAGCAGUUCGACAAGGUGCGGGAGGACAUGGAGAUCUCCCUGGUGAAGAACGCUCAGGCCCCGCGGCACAAGCCGCACGAGGUGGAGGAGGCCACAGGCACCCUGACCAUCACCAGGAAGUGCUUCCGGCACCUGGCCCUCGACUAUGUCCUGCAGAUCAAUGUCCUGCAGGCCAAGAAGAAGUUUGAGAUCCUGGAUGCGAUGCUGUCCUUCAUGCAUGCCCAGUACACCUUUUUCCAGCAGGGCUACAGUCUUCUCCAUGAGCUGGAUCCCUACAUGAAGAAGCUAGCCACAGAGCUGGACCAGCUGGUGAUUGAUUCUGCAGUGGAGAAGAGGGAGAUGGAGCACAAGCAUGCACUGAUACAGCAGAGGACCCUCCUGCAGGACUUCUCCUAUGAUGACUCCAAGGUGGAGUUCAAUGUUGAUGCCCCAAAUGGUGUGGUGAUGGAAGGUUACCUCUUCAAGAGAGCCAGCAAUGCUUUCAAGACGUGGAAUCGGAGGUGGUUCUCCAUACAGAACAGUCAGCUGGUGUACCAGAAGAAGCUAAAGGAUGUCCUCACCGUGGUGGUGGAAGACCUGCGGCUGUGUACGGUGAAGCCCUGCGAGGACAUAGAGAGGAGGUUUUGCUUUGAGGUCGUCUCCCCUACCAAGAGCUGCAUGCUGCAGGCUGACUCGGAGAAGCUGCGGCAGGCCUGGAUCCAGGCAGUCCAAGCCAGCAUUGCCUCUGCCUACCGGGAGAGCCCUGACAGCUACUACAUUGAGAGACUGGACCGCACUGCCUCCCCCUCCACCAGCAGCAUCGACUCCGCCACCGACUCGCGGGAGCGCAGCGUGAAGGGGGAGAGCAUCCUGCAGAGGGUGCAGAGCAUCCCCGGCAACGACCAGUGCUGUGACUGUGGGCAGCCAGACCCUCGCUGGGCCAGCAUCAACCUGGGCAUCCUGCUGUGCAUCGAGUGCUCUGGCAUCCACAGGAGCCUGGGUGUUCACUGCUCCAAGGUCCGGUCUCUCACCCUGGAUUCCUGGGAGCCAGAGCUGCUCAAGCUGAUGUGUGAGCUGGGGAACAGCACCAUGAAUCAGAUCUAUGAGGCACAGUGUGAAGAGCUGGGACUCAAGAAACCGACAGCAGGGAGCUCCAGGCAGGACAAGGAGGCCUGGAUCAAGGUGAAGUACGUGGAGAAGAAGUUCCUGAAGAAGCUGCCGAACGGGGAGAGCCUGGCGGAGAGCGAGCGGAAGCCGCGGCGCUGGUGCGUGAAGAAGUGCCAGCGGCACAACAGCAGCACCAAGGCCCCCACGGCCCGCAGGAAGUAUCGCCACGAGCCAGGCAACGCCUCCCCGGCCAUGCUCUCCUCAGCAGCUACGCUGGAGAGGAAGUUCCGUCGCGAUUCCCUCUUCUGCCCGGACGAGCUGGACUCCCUCUUCUCCUACUUCGACACCGGCGCUGGCUCUGGCCCACGCAGUCUGAGCAGUGACAGUGGGCUGGGAGGAAGCACGGAUGGCAGCACUGACAUCCUGGUGUUUGGCUCGGUGGUGGACAGCGUGACGGAGGAAGAGUGCGAGGUGUCGGAGGAGUCGAGCGGUGAAGCAGAGAUUGAGCAGGAAGCGUCAGACCUGGAGGACCUGAGGGAGCUGCACCCUGGUUUGUUGAUCUACAAGGCAGCACAAGCCAGGAACCUGCCUCUCAUGGCAGAAGCCCUUGCCCAUGGUGCUGAAAUCAACUGGGUGAAUGAUGAAGAUGAGAACAAGACUCCUCUGAUCCAAGCUGUGAAGGGGGGCUCCUUGAUAGCCUGUGAAUUCCUGCUGCAGAAUGGGGCAGAUGUUAACCAAAGAGACAGCCGAGGCCGAGCUCCCUUGCAUCAUGCCACGUACCUAGGACACACUGGCCAGGUCUGCUUGUUCCUCAAGCGAGGGGCAAACCAGCACGCGGUGGAUGGCGACGGGCAGGACCCCCUCAGCAUUGCUGUCCAAGCAGCCAACGCAGACAUUGUCACCUUGCUGCGUCUGGCUCGAAUGAACGAGGAGAUGCGAGAAGCAGAAGGUCCCUUUGGACAGCCAGGUCAAUAUCCCAGCAACAGCCCUACUGAGCUGCAGUACAGGAAGUGUAUACAGGAGUUCAUCAGCCUUAAUAUAGAUGAGUGUUAGUGACAACUUCCCCACCUCCCCUUUGCUCUCUUGAAGCUGGGCUGAACUUCUCGAGGCCCCGAGGAGCCCCAUCCUUGGUAUAUUGGUGUUUCUUGGUCUGUUGUUUGAUGCCUGCACAUAGAGGUUGAGAUGCACACAGGAAGGAGAAGGGAUCUCUGAGGCUUUUUUUAUCCCCACCCCCCCCCUGUUAGCGUUGAGUUCUCAUGGCUUUGACUACUGGGUGGUUGAUUUGUGGUGUAGGAAGACUCCUUAGGGCAUACAACCACAGGCCGUGGCGUGUGGACUUGAGUGUGUGGAGGAGUUAUGGGAGAGGAGUUUAGCAUCAAAGCAGAGCUCAAACGACAGUGAGAAGGGAAGGGAACUGUCACAAGGAGAAACUCGCCAGGAACACGACUGGAUGAAGCUGUCUCUGCUCCAAGUGCAGCUGCCACGCACUGAGCUCUCCUCUGAACGCUCUCCUUGGAAGCAGAUCCUGCUGUGGAACCUUUCUCUCCUGCCAGCGCGACCGGCAGCCUUGCUCUCUCUCUCAUGGGACUGCUGCAGCUUCUGGGAGCUGCUGGGGGUGGAG